AGUGGCAAAUCACCCCCUGUGUUAACAUCGGCACCAUCCUUCCCAUUGCAACUCGAGUCCUUGAAUUUGUACGGUAAUGGGCUCGAAGGGGCUUUACCGGAGAGCAUUGCUAGUUCAAAACUACUACACGGACUCAAAUUGUUUAACAAUAAACUCAGUGGGUCUUUGCCGAGUCAACUUGGGAAAGUUAGAGGAUCUUGUUCUGAUGUACAAUUCAUUUUUUGGUGAAGUUCCGGUGAGUCUGGGGAAAUGCAAAAGCCUUCUCCGGGUCAGACUGAAGCACAACGGCUUAACAGGUGGAGUCCCAGACAACUUCUGGGGUUUGCGCAGAGUAUAUUUGCUUGAGCUCGAUGAGAAUUUGCUUAGUGGGCAAGUUUCCCCGAGCAUUUCUAAUGCUCAUAAUCUGUCAAUACUGUUGAUUUCUGGGAAUCAGUUUUCCGGGCCAAUACUAGAUGAGAUUGGAUUGCUGGGCAAUCUGGUGGUGUUCUUUGGGAGUGGUAACAGUUUCACAAGUCGGAUUCCGGCUUCCAUGGUGAAAUUGAGGCAGUUGGAUAGACUUGAUCUUAGUAAAAAUGAGCUCAUUGGGGGUAUUCCUGAAGGAAUUAGUAAGUGGGUAAAUUUGAAUGAGCUAAAUUUGGCUAACAAUAGGUUAUCUGGUAGAAUUCCCAGUGAAGUAGGUAGCUUGCCUGUACUUAAUUAUCUUGAUCUUUCUAGGAAUUUAUUUUCUAGGAAAGUGCCUAUUAAGUUGCAGAAUUUGAAGCUCAAUUUGCUUAAUUUGUCGAAUAACCAGCUUUCUGGAGAGCUCCCUCCUCUUUAUGCUAACGAAAUAUGCAGCAAGAGCUUCCCCUGCAACCCGGGAUUGUGUGGUGAUAUAGCUGGUCUUUGUCCAGAUACUGAAGUUAACGGAAGGAUGGUGCUGGUGUUAACAGAGGGGGCAGGUGAGUUGAGGGGGUGAUUUGCGCAUGAAAUGGGUUGAGGGGGUGAUUUGCCACCAGUUGUUGAGUUGAGGGAGUGAUCUGCACCUUUUGCCAUAACCAUACCCCUCUGCACUGUAUUGAAAAAUUUUCGAAGGGCCUGCCUAGUCUCAUAAAUAGUAAUUAUGAAG